AGAGGUAAACAUGUGCUUAGGACGUUGGAAAAGCUGGUUUCCCGAAAUUUAACGUUAUUUCGCUUUAGUUAAUUGUUCGUAUUGCCGAAAUUAAAACAGAAGCAACAAAUAAGUGUUGGACUUGACGAAAGAAAUCGUAAAUUUAACCGUAAGUGACUCUCGCUAGCAGAUAGCAUAGAAAGCAUGAGCUUCCGUGGAGGUGGUGGACGCGGCGGUGGUGGAUUUCGUGGAGGUCGUGGCGGAGGUGGUGGUGGCGGCUUUCGUGGAGGCGGUGGCCGUGGCGGCGGUGGAGGUCGCGGCGGUUUCGGCAACAAUCGUGGCAGCUUCGGCAAUCGGGACGACGGACCGAAGAACAUAAUUCCGCUCGGUUAUUACGACUAUCCGUGCCAGGAGGAUCUGGUCGCCAAGGUGGAGGUCGAGAACGUACCGUUCUUCAAUGCACCGAUCUACAUCGAGGGCGAGAAGCAGAUCGGCAAGGUGGACGAGAUUUUUGGCCAUUUGCGGGAUUUUUACGUCUCGAUCAAACUGAUGGAUAACAUGAAGGUGGAUGGGUUCCAGCCGAAGCAGAAGCUGUUUAUCGAUUCGGCUAAGCUGUUGCCGCUGGCGAGGUUUCUGCCGGGUAAUAAUACCAGGAAACCGGGUGGUCGAGUGGGCAAACCAGGCGCGGGUGGCCGUGGAGGAUUCGGUGGACGAGGAGGUCGCGGCGGUGGAGGCUUUCGCGGUGGUCGUGGUGGCCCUGGUGGCGGCCGGGGAGGCGGUGGAGGUCGUGGAGGCGGCGGCGGUGGUUUUCGGGGUGGCCGCGGAGGAGGUGGAGGAAAACGGUGGUAAUUUCCUGACUAAUUUUCUCACUGUUUGUUUUUCCGUGAGAAUACCCCACAAUUCAGAAAUAAUGUUUAAUAAAUCGUAUCAUAUAAGUAUGUUG